GGAGCGUGAAGGAGCAGGUCCCGUGCAGCCUGCGGAGGCGCGAGCGGCCGCAGACCGGCCGCGGAGUCUAUGGGCUGCGCCGUGGGACCCCCAGAGGCGUCCAGUCCACCUGCCCGUGUCCAGGCCCCCUCCACCAUCACCAAGGGCCCUGGGAGCCCGCGACCUCUGACCUCUGGGCAGGCCCUGGUGCAGGGGAGUGGGGUGCAGGUGGUCAGGCUCUGGAGGGCUCCCCGGCCCUGGGGGCGGACUCAGCUCAGGAUUCCGGUCCUGCCCCUGGUCCACGUCACAGCAGUCCCGGUGUCUGUCACCACAGGGGCCCCUGCCUGAGCUCAUCGCACGCCCCUCAGGUCACCUGCUUGUCCUCCGCACGCAGCUGGGACCCGCGUGCGCACACGUCCACCCGUGCGGCAGCCCCAGACAGCAGCUGUGCGGUGUCCCCCUGCCAGCAUCCAACCCCGCUUGUCCCGGGGGUCCAGGCUCCCCGCUCCACCUUGAGCUCCGUCACCCUGGCACGGGGGCCCUCAUGCGGGCGACGGCACCUGCGGAGGCACUGGGGUGUGGCUUGGGGCCGCCAUGGUGGGGGGAUGGUCACUGCCCUUUUUGGGGGAUGAGGGACCUCCCCCUGGAAGAGGACGGUGGGCCGGCAGAUCCCGGUUGUGGGGAAGCCCCUCGACCUGUUCACAGGAGAUGCGUGUCUGCCAGGCAGCGUGCGGCCCUGGCGUCCCCCGGGUGUGGAGGGCCUGACUGCGCGGCCCAGAGCAAAGCCGAAGGGCCGCUGAGCCCGGGCCACACCUGGAUCACGUCUGUACUCGCUGCCCCACCCUGCCGGGGCCCCAGUUUGUGCGUCUGUAAGGGGUGUCCGUGGGGCCCGGCUGCCCUGCUGCGUCUUCAGCCCGCCUCUCCCCGCGCAGUGAUGAACGGAAGCAGCCCCUCGCCCACGGCCGUCAGCGGCGCCCCGUCCACGCCCAGCGGCUUCAGCAAUGGCCCAGCCACCUCGUGCACCGCCGCGCUGUCCACACAGCAGCUGCCCCCAGCCUGCGGGGCGCGGCAGCUCAGCAAGCUCAAGCGCUUCCUGGCCACCCUGCAGCAGUUCGGCAGCGACAUCUCCCCGGAGAUCGGGGAGCGCGUGCGCACGCUGGUGCUGGGGCUCGUGAACUCCACGCUGACCAUCGAGGAGUUCCAUUCCAAGCUCCAGGAGGCCACCAACUUCCCGCUGCGGCCCUUCGUCAUCCCCUUCCUGAAGGCUAACCUGCCCCUGCUGCAGCGCGAGCUCCUGCACUGCGCCCGCCUGGCAAAGCAGACCCCUGCCCAGUACCUGGCCCAGCACGAGCAGCUCCUGCUGGAUGCCGACGCCUCUUCCCCCACCGACUCCUCGGAGCUCCUACCGGAGGUCAACGAGAACGGCAAGAGGAGGACACCCGACAGGACCAAAGAGAACGGGUCAGACCGUGACCCUCUGCACCCGGACCACCUCAGCAAACGGCCGUGCACCCUGAGCCCCGCCCAGCGCUGCAGCCCCAGCAACGGGCUGCCCCAGCCCACGCCGCCUCCGCACUACCGCCUGGAGGACAUGGCCGUGGCCCACCACUUCCGGGACUCGUACCGUCACCUUGACCCCCGGGAGCUGCGGGAGCGCCAUCUGCGGCUGGCCGUGCACGGGUCCCGGCCUGAGGAAGUGAUUGACCACAGGCUCACGGAGCGCGAGUGGUCGGAGGAGUGGAAGCACCUCAACAACCUCCUGAACUGCAUCAUGGACAUGGCCGAGAAGACGCGGCGGUCGCUCACCGUGCUGCGCCGCUGCCAAGAGGCCGACCGCGAGGAGCUCAACCACUGGAUCCGGCGCUACAGUGACGCCGCUGAGGACAGCAAGAAGGGCCCCGCGCCCGCCGCCCGGCCCCUCGGCAGCUCCGCGGGCGCUGAGGGCUCUCAGCUAGAUGUCCCCCGGGAGUCCGUGCCUCGGACCCUGUCCAGCUACAUGCCCGAGGAGAUCUGGAGAAAGGCUGAGGAAGCAGUGAACGAGGUGAAGCGGCAGGCGGUGUCAGAGCUGCAGAAAGCCGUGUCUGACGCUGAGCGCAAGGCCCGCGAGCUCAUCAGCGUGGAGCGAGCCAAGAUGGAGCGGGCCCUGGCCGAGGCGCGGCGGCAGGCCUCCGAGGACGCCCUCACCGUGGUCAACCAGCAGGAGGACUCCAGCGAGAGCUGCUGGAACUGCGGGCGCAAGGCCAGCGAGACGUGCAGCGGCUGCAACGCGGCCCGCUACUGCGGCUCGUUCUGCCAGCACAAGGACUGGGAGAAGCACCACCAUGUGUGCGGCCAGAGCCUGCAGGGCCCCUCGGCCACAGCGGUUGAGCCAGUGCCCGGACAGUCCGAUGCCACCCCGGGCCUGGGCCCCUGCCUGCCCCCAGCCGCCGCCAGCCCCAGCGAGGCGGGCUCCACGGAGCCCUCCCGCCCCGGCACCCCCAGCCCGCCCGGCCCGCUGGAUGCCGCGCCCCGCUGACCCGCCCGGACCCGGUGCCCAUCGACCCACCCGGCGCCCCCCGGCCCGCUAGACGCGCGCCCAGACCUGGGAGCCGACCUUGGGAGUCACUGCUGCUACUGCUUCUCUCCAAAAGAAAACACAGAACCAACAAGACUGCAUCAAUGCAACUUCCUCAGCUACCUGACGAUCACGCCUCAACCUCUUCGUGCAUCCUCACAAACCACCCGACGAGCUUUGGGCAGCCGGACGGACGCUGGCCAGAGGUGACCGGCUCGUCCACACCCGCCUCUCCCUCUUUCUCUCUCUCAUUUUUCUCUCUUUAUGACUUUCACACACUUUCUCUUCAAUGAAAAAAAUCUAAUUGUUUGGUGGCUUAUAUUUUCAUUGAAGAAUUUUGGGGGGCUGUUUGGCAAAAGAGCUACUCAGAAAUGGACAGAGAAAACUGUGGGGGUUUUCCCCCCUUCCUGAUUCAAAAGGGAAAAAGAAAACUGUUCUUUUAUAGCCGGAGAUCUGAGCCGCUGUGUCACUGAAACCACCCCCGGGGUGUGUGGCCGGUGCAGUGAGGACGGUUAGAAAGAUGUCAGUUUCAGACUCGAAGUAAAUUUUGGUUUCAGGAUUUUUUUUUUCCUUUAACGUCAAACUGUUUGGCUUUACGUAGAAAUCCAAAAAAAUUUUUUUAAAAAAGGUAAAGGAAGCAUACCUGUAAACUACCUUGCCAGCUAGCCAGCCAAGGACGCCGGACACACCUCUGCUCCAAAGGAAAUCCAAAAAGCAAACACAAGAAGUCAAAAUCCAAAAUUUUUUUGUCACUGCCAAAGUAUUUAUUUCACUGUUUUACUCUACGCCUGGGCUUGUUCAGAUGUCGGUCUUUUGCUUUGAUUCUGUUCGGGGGGUGGGGGGUGGGAUGUUGGGGUUGGAAGUGUUUUGUCCAACAAGAAGCGACCUCUUUCUUUUCCACUCGACAGUAGCACCUCCGCCGGGGCCGGGUGGGGUGGGCAGCUCGGCCCUCGGCACCCACGCGUGUGUGCCCGUCUGCGUGUGCACACGUGCAGGGAGGGUACCUCGUCUGUCCUCGCUCCAUCUGUGAAUUUCCAUCACAUUUCAUUCUUUCCAUUUGUGAAAAAGAAGUGCUCACAUGUCCUUCCCAGAGAGAACAUAAUUCUGAGACAAAACCGUGACAAUCUUUUGGGUUGAUUCUUGACUGCUUUUCAAAGCACGAGGAGACAGCAACCGCGUCUUCGACUGCCGCUUCUCGUGUCCUCCUCUACCUCUGCUGCCCGCUCCGAGAAGCCUCCCGCCCUCCUCGUCUUUCCAUCCCAGCCCGUGUCUCCUGCAGCUCCACACUUUUGCAGAAAAGGGAAAAAAACGACAAAGAAAAGCAAUCCGCCCUCCGCGCACCUUCUGGAGACUUGAUCAGCUGUAUAUAACCCUGCAUUUUUGUCCAGCUGUUCCUCAGGGGAUGUUCUCUCCGAAAUCCCCCCGCCAAGCCUAGCCCUGUCCCCCCACCCGACUCAUCUCCCCCAGCGAUCUCAAGGAGGAAAUAAAGGAAUAAGGAAAUUGCGAUCUGUACCCAGUGGGAGAACAAACGGCAAACGCGGUCUCCGAUCUGUGUUUUCUUGCAUGGCUGUAAGGAGUUCCCUGGACUGGAGUGCAAUAGUGACCAGCUACUGAAACCGGGUGCCCAGGGGCCCCACCGAGAGGCAAGAAGUCAAUCGUCUGCGAUAAUGUGAAUGUAUAUAGUCCUUGCAGAGGUCCAAAUGAUGAUAUUCAUGAUGAUGAUAAUAAAGAAGAGAUGUUUGCCAAAUAAAAAAAAAAUUAAGAGAAACCGUGGAAGUAUGUAAAGUUCAGGAACUAGGUUUUCAAAGAAAGCUGAACUGCAGUCCUACGGGGAGCAGUGGGUUUGUUGAUCGCUGUUACUUUUCAGAGCUGUAAGGAUCCACCCUUUGAGUAUUGCCAGGAAGGAUUCCAUCGGUACACAGGCCAGGUGCCAUCCGAGCCCCACCUGGCAGGAGCCCUAACUCUGACCGUCGAGCUAGACCUAUCUCACCCUCCAGGAAGCUCCCGGGCUGCCUGGGGCUGCAGGGCCGCCCGCCUCUCAGAGGCUCGCUUCUGUGGGUUGCAGAAGACCAGGGGCCAGGUGGGAUUCGGCUCUCGUGAGGCAGCGGGCGCCUGCCCACCCGUCGUGUUUCCAGUCUGCUUUCUCUCUCGCAAGACUUGAACCUGUCAGAAGGGCAGUGUGCACAUGCUGUGACGUAGCCCCGCCUCUCCCCUCGGACUCCGUUCCCACGAGGUGGUGCUGGUGGAGGGUGGCGCCCUGGGCGCGCUGGGGUGUGGGUGCGGAGGUCUGAGGCCCCGCUGUCAGGACUGCGGGGUGAGUCCUGGCUGGGAGGAGCCCGUCACCUGCAGCCCCGCGGGUGUGCUUUGCCGGCCUCUGUUCCUCUUCCCCUCGCAGGGUCCCCUGUGAGGACAGGCGGGCGCGCCAGGGCUGGCCAGCCGGUGGCAUCGGGCCAGACCAGCCUGCAGGGCCGGACCACAGGCUGAGGGUCCGGGGUGGGGUUCCCAGCUGUUGGGAAGAGGUCGCCUCAAGCCAGCUAGGAAAGGCCACCUCGCCUGUGUGGCCCCCACGCGUGUAUCUCAUACACCAAGACCUGCCUCUGGCCAGGGCUGCCGAGGGGCCGGGCCAGAGGCCGACACACUUAGCCCCUGUCAGCAGGGAGCGUCCGCGGGGUCAGGGGGUGGCCGCCGGGCGGGCUGGGCGGCUGGCAGCGAGGAGGCUGCGGCCCAGAGGGGCGGGAGGGGGUGUCCCCGGGGCGCCGUGCCGCCGGUGGAUGCCGGCUGUGGGCUGGGUCACACGGGGCGGGCGGCCCCUCCUUCCGUGCUCGGGGAGCCGGCGUGUCUGUUCGUCGCCGCGCGCAGGCCCUGUGUGGCCAGGGAGCUCACAGAGAAGGCAAACUCCCAGGGAGUAGCUCUGGUCGGGGCGUGGGGCGGCGGCCGAGCUGGAGUUGCUGGUGGUCUGUGUUCCCCCUGCCUUUCUUAUGCAAAGAGGGCGUCUGCACAGAAGGGGGUCCAGCUCAGAGGCCGGCGGCCCCGUUACCUCCUGAGCUUAUGGGCCGUCGGUGUGCACGUGAGGCUCUCCUCCCCAGGGGCUGAGGCUGGACACGCCGGUGAGCCCAAAGCUCUGUGAGAUGCGGCUGCUCGCAGGCCCUCCCUCCCCCCCAGGUCAAACCGAAACGCAGCAUUACCCUGUUCUGAGGCCGAAGUGCCGGCAGGAGGGCAGAGUGGGGCGGGCGGCGGCCGGAGCUCGAGUCAGGGAGGAUGCACCGGCCGGAACAGCGGAUGCUGGCGCCUGGGCCCCCUCACCCCCCGGUGGAAAGCCCCCUGACGUGUGACCCUUCGACCUUUCCCACCCCCUCCUCUCUCUGGCCUUUCUCUUAGGACGUGUCAUUGUCCCCAGGUGUUGGCAUCUGGGGGGGUGUUCUGUUGGCAAAGACCAGUGCCUACCAUUCCCCGUGUGGACAGGCUGGCACACCCCAGACCCCGUCUGAAUCACGAGGGUUCCCAUCCCCAGGACCAAAGGAAAGCCUUGGGUGCUGCCGGGGAAGAGAGGAGAGCUGGAGAAAGCCUUGGGGCCAGGAGGGUAAGGGCCGUAGUACAAGAGGAGCCGGCCUCCCGGGAAGGGGCCGCCUUGUGGGGUUGCUCACGAGGGCCCGAGAGGUGCAGUGGUGGAGGGACACAGGUGGGAGGGCGCGUUGCUUCUGGUUUCAUCCCAGUGACUCCUUGGAGAGGGAUCAGGACAGGCCCGAACUUCCUCCUAUUUGCCAGUUUUUCCAAAUACAUCCUCAGAAAGACACCAAAGUCCAGUCCCUGGCACCAGCCACCUUGCCUGUCCCAGCUCACUGUGGCCUGUCUGUCUGGCCAGAAUUCUGCCCGUCCCUUCGGCUUACCUACAAUUACUUACUGAU